AUGCUCCCUCAAGCAUCUGUUCUCGCGGCCGUCUUGCCGGCGCUGACGCUGCUGCUCCCAGGCGGCGUCUAUGGCCUCGCGGUGGCGUCUAGAGCGACGAACUAUACCCAACAAGCCAUCGACUCGGGCGCUGUGCUGUCUGAUCUCAACAAACAGGCCUACAGCAACGUUCUUGCUCGUCUCGGGAACGCGACUGCGGCCGGUCAGAACGGGACCGCGCAGUGCACAAAAGACAAUGUCAGAGUCCGUCGCGAGUGGAGAAACAUGCCGGAUGAAGAGCGCAUUAGGUACACCGAUGCCGUGACCUGCCUCCAGCAGCAGCCGGAGUUAUUCACCGAGAUUGCCGGGUCCAAGUCCAUGUUUGAUGACUUUGUGGCCCUGCACCAGGCAGCGACGCUUUACGUUCACCUGUCGGCAACGUUCUUCCUCUGGCAUCGCUACUACAUCUGGACAUAUGAGAACAAGCUGGAGUCGGAGUGCGGCUACAACGGAUCUUUCCCCUACUGGGAAUGGGGUUUCGACACGGCCAACCUUUCCGCGAGCCCCGUCUUCGACGGCUCCGCGACCUCGAUGGGCAGCGACGGCGUCCCGACCCCUCACCAAGGGCUCGUCCUCGUCAACGCGUGGGAUAACACCACAACAGUACUCCCCGCCGGCACAGGCGGCGGCUGCCUGGCUUCGUCCUCGGCCCCAUUUGCCAAUCAGACGGUCCACCUCGGCCCGCAGGCCAUGCCGGACUACGGCAACGUCACCUCCUACAACUCGGCCACGCCCACCGACGACAACCCGCGAUGCCUGCGCCGCGAUCUCAACGUCUACCCGCUCCAGCGCUGGGCCAGCCUCCGCAACACGACGGACCUGAUCCGUGACGCCGCUGACAUUGAGAGGUUUCAGGCCGUCGCACAGGGGGACUCGCGGUACGUCGGAACGGGCCAGCUAGGCGUCCACGGGGGCGGGCACUAUGCGCUAGGAGGGGACCCUUCGAGCGACGUCUACCUCAGCCCCGGUGAUCCCGUGUUCUACCUUCAUCACGCUCAGAUGGACCGUCUCUACUGGAUCUGGCAGAACUUGGACUGGCAGAAUCGUCAGACAAUUUUCGGUACGAACACCACCAUGAACCAGCCGGCUAGCGCCAAUGUGACACUUGACGACUUGAUGUACAUGGGACCUCUGGGCGCCGAAUUGUCCCUUCGCGAUGCCAUGGAUACCGUGAAUGGCCCAUUUUGCUACGUAUACGCAUCGGACUGA